UCUUUGGCUCUUUGGCUCUUUGGCUGUUGUCAUUUUUCACAUAGUCAGAGGCGAAGAAGCUGCGCAGUCGCAAACGCUAAGCAACAAGUGCGCCGAAUCGCAAGCUGGCUUAAAAAGUGACAGUAAAUUUAGUUGGCCAACAGCGAUAAUAACAACAACAAUAAGAACUACAUUGAUAACAGCCAUAACAAUAGGAAUUGGGGCCAGCAAUCGAUGACUCCAUCAGUUGCUGUUGCAGCUGAGGAGCCGCGUCAGCGAUGCGGCACUGUCUACACCUGGAACUGCGCCGGUGAGCUAUACGGCAUCGAGUGUGAACUGUGCGAGGAGCGUCCACUCUGUGCCCUGGACGAGUUCGCCGAGCACAUGGAAAUAUGGCACUCCGAUUGGCAGCAGGCGCCCGUGGACGAGCUCAUGCUGGAGGUCUUGGCCGAGCAGUCAAGCGGCGGCGAGGAGGUCAACGAACUCAAACAGCAACUGGUCCAAGAGCUGAACGCACUGGACACCGCACAGCAGACGCAGCAGCAGCAGCAGCAACAGCUGAUCGAUCACAGCAAAUUCGAUGCGAAUCCCGCCCUGCCCAUAGGGGAGCCACCGAAGCUGACGAGUCAGCACGUGAAGAAACUGAUCGAGCUUUAUCAAUCGCAUCCCCGCCUCUGGGACCAGUCGCAUCCCGAGUUUCGGGAUGUGGAUCGUGGCCGGGAGUCGUGGCAUCAGAUAACCGAUGCAUGGAGCGCGCAUUGCGGCCGUAGCUUCAGCGUAACGGACGUACGCAUACGGAUCUCGACGCUGUGCCAGCGAUUCCUCAAGCAGCGCGAGCGUCUGGCCGCCGAGGGCGAGCUGGAGGAUUGCGCCAAGUUCGUGCACUACGAUCAGUUGCGCUUCCUGUGCGAGCAGCAGUCGCUGCUCAAUCGCCAGGAGCAUAUUGCGCAUGAGAACCGCAAGCUGCUGGAGAUCUACGAGCACUAUCCCAUCCUCUGGCACAAUGCCCACAAGCGGCUGCGCUGCACGGAGACGGUGCGGAAGCGACACGAGGCACACCGUGGACUGCAGCUGGCACUGCGAAUGUGCGGAGUGAAGCUGUCCGGGAUAGCCAUGCAGCGACGUCUGCUGUCGCUGCGGAAGCGCUACCGGCUGGAGAAGAUCAGGUAUCUGCACAGCAUCGUGGAGGGCAAGCAGGCGGAGUUCGUAUCCAGCUUUGAGCACUAUGCGGAAAUGGAGUUCCUGCACAAGCACAUCGAUCCGUAUGUGUGUGCGGCCUGUGGCAAAAUCUUUGAGAAUCUGGUGAGCCAUCAGGCCCAUGUCCAGGGCAACUGUGAGGAGCAGCCGCUGAAGGAGACGCUGCCGGCAAUGGAACAGGAGUGCCAGCAGCAGCCGGAGAAGGGCAAAGAGCCAGAGCAAUUGGAAUUAGUGGAGCAAGUGCAGCCAGUGGAUCAGCCGCUGGAGGAGCUGAGCAUGCCUAGCCUGGCUGCUGCGGUGCUCCAGCCCGACUAUCCUCGCGAGGAGCUGACAGAGACCUCCUCCGAAGAGAGCCCCAACUCGACGUCGCUGCAGCUGCGCAUGCGGCUCAGCGUGGAGCUGACGCACAAGCUCAUCGAACUCUAUCGCCAGCAUCCCAAUCUCUGGAAUCCCAAUCAUCUGGACUAUCAUACAAGGAAGCUGCGCCGCCAGGCCUGGCACAGCAUUGCGGCUCAAUUGAAUGCAGUUAGCGGAGGAUCUGCAGCUGGAGCUGUAGCCGGAGCUGCAUCUGGAAGACGCUUCAGUUGGCAAAUGCUGCAUCGCAAGCUCACGGACUAUAUCAAGUACUAUAGGCGGGAGCGUCAGCGCGAGGCUCUGGCUGUGGAGGGCGAGGGCGCGGGCACACGCUGGGGCUUCUACGAAGCAUUCAGCUUCCUGGACGAUGUGGUACCCAUCAAUCGUGUGCUCCAGAAAUCGCUGCAGCAGCGCGACAGCAACCUGAAGAUCAUCCAGGUCUACCAGAGCUACGAGCAGCUGUGGUGCACCACCCACCCGGACUAUACGAAGCGCAAGCAACGACUGCGGCAUCUGGAAUCGCUGUGCACGCGUCUCCAGGAGGAAUGCAAUCUGCAGAUCACCGUGGAACGUUUGAAGAGUCGCCUCAUCGAGUUCCGCUGCCAGUACAGGCAGUGCAAGGAGGCGCGGCAGGAGGCACUGAAGCGCGGCGAAUCGUGGCUGCCCAGCUACGAGUACUACGCCCCACUCCAGUUCCUGGAGCUGCACGUCUCACCCUUCGGCUGCGACCAGUGCUCGGCGAGCUUUAAGCGGCGCAGCGAUUACCUGCGCCAUCAGCACAAUGUCCAUGCGGAGCAACUGCAGCCGGAGCAGCUGCGUCAGCGACGUCGCACCAAGUGCUCUGGCGGCUCAGCUGUCGCCAAUCCGCUGGAGCACAUCUGCCACAUCUGCGCCAUGAAGUUCUCGCUGCGCAGCAGCCUCCAGGCUCACCUGCGACGGCAUCUGGGCCAGCGCACGCACUGCUGCAGCGAGUGCCCCAAGAAGUUCUUCAACUCGACCUCGCUGCGCGUGCAUCAGCGCAGCCACACCAAGGAGCUGCCCUACGUGUGCGAGCACUGUGCCCGGGGAUUCGUGAACGCCAGCAAAUUGAAUCAGCAUGUCAAGCGGCACACGGAGAAGCGGGACUAUCCCUGCAAUCGCUGCGACAAGGCCUUCUAUACGGCCCACGAGCGGGAUCGGCAUCUGCGCGCCCAUCUGAACAUCCGGGACAAGGUCUGUCCCUACUGUGGGCGUGCCUUUGUCGUGGGCAGCGCCUACUACGCCCACCUCAAUCUGCAUCGCGGCGAGAAGCGCUACAGCUGCACCGGCUGCGGGCAGAGAUUCGCCCAGUACGCUGGACUCUACAAGCAUCGGAAGCGCUGUAAACCCGGCGAAGAGGAGGCAAAAUGAAUCAUUCAUUCAUGCAGCUGAUGAAAAGUGAAUCAUUGAAUACUCAUUCACGCCCAUUUGGAGUCACACUCAUUUAUUCGUUUAGUAUGUAAACAUCGCCAGCACUCUAAAUAUGAGAUGAUGAGAAAUGAAUCAUUGAGUACUCAUUCAUUCAUUCAUAUUUACACCCACUCAAACGAUCAGCAUGUGCGCCAGCCAAACGUUGAGAGUGAAUCAUCGAAUGCGAAUUAUUCAUUCAGAUACGCAUUCAUAUUCAAUCAGCUAAGAUGAUUAACGGUGAAUCAUUCACAUUUACUCAUACUCAUUCACUCACUCUGGGCAUAUCCAGAAGUCAAUAAAUUACUAGCUCACAUUUAUACUCAUACUCAUUCCAUUCAUAUAGUUGUAGCUAGCAAAUUGUUGAUUACCUAUUGUUUUUAGUUGUAGUACCUGUAAAUUACCCAUUCAGUUAUUUGUGCCCAUUUGAUUCCUUUUGCAUGCUGAAACACUCACUCAUAGAUUCACUUGACUUGCUCAUGAAUAUACCAAUUCCAUGCAAAUCUUAUUUCGUUAUAGUUAUAGUUUUUGUUGCUUAAGCUAUUGUGUUUUAUUUGUAGUACCUAUUCCAAAUACUCAUUUGAUUCAUUAGAAAACAUAAAAUAUAUCCCUCAUAAUACACGUUUCAUUUCUCUUAAUUUGGAAAAGUCUUCAAAGUUCAUAUUUUUUGUCUCUUUCACGCGUGCAACGUUUACAAAUGCAACACAAAGCAGAAAAGAAAAGUAAUAUAUGAAGACGAGCUUCUGUUUGUGUAUAUACAUG